AUGGAAGAUGGAUUGGAUAUGAUAAUGCAAUCUGAAGACCCUGAUAGAGAAGUGGAGGUUAAUGAAGAAAAUCUGGAGUCGGAUGUGGAGGAAAUUGUUGAAAGUCAGACAAAGCGAGGCCCUCCAGUUCAUACAGCUUGGAGAGAUGCUUUUGACGACCCCAAUGUGUUUUCAAAAAACAAGCCAAACAAUGCAAUUUGCAAAAAUUGCAAGGAUUCAGUGAGGCAUCACCAUAAACUGCUCUCAGUUAAAACUCACCUGAAGAGAUGCAAACCAUUAAAAAAGCUGAUGAUGAAUAAGCAGGUUGCUGAUCGCCCGCAGUGGUGGAAUGAGAUGACGAACAAGAAGAAAAGGAAGUGGAUCAAGUAA